CAGUUGUCCAGCCCCAAUGUAAGCGCCUCAUCUCAAAGACAAACAAUCGAAAAUGAUGAGACGGCGAACAUUUCAAGAGAUAGCAGCUUGUCUUACUCUGUAUUAAGCGGCCAGAUGGCUAAAAAACCUUUGAAUGGUACACCAAGGACCUCAACACCAGAGCAACGAACAUUUGUGAGCCCAAGACAUGAAAAGCAAAAUGUCAGCGGUGUUUAUCGUAAAGACACCAAAUCAGAAGAGUCACCAAGAAAGCAGCUCCAUGUAAGUUACACUGAACUGUAGUAAGUCGGGUCCAAUAAUCACCUGACGCUGUUAUUAUCGAAGAAAUAUAACAGGAAAAAUCAUGAAAAAGAUUAAAAAAACGUUGUUAUUACUAGUCUGUUGGUAACUACGGAGCCGAAGGAAUGCCUUGAUAAGAAUCCAUUAAGACUAAAUGUAAAGGCAAAGACAUCAGGGAGGCCAAUAAGAGAGCUGUAGGGGUCUGUAAACGAAUGUAAACACAAAAGAAAAGAAAAAGAAAAACACCCAAAACAUGCUAAAAAUAGCUGCUGAAGAAACAAAGCUUAGACUUCAUUAUAAAUCAAUGACCACCAUGGGGCAAAGGACUACAAUGCAAAGAAUUUCGCUGCGCGUCCUGCUUAGACCUUAAAUUUAUUUCACUAAAAUUUAAUACAUUCUUUGCAUUAUUUCUGUCGCUCCAGCUUCACCAGAGCUGUCAACAGUUGCUGUCUUCGUCGGCUGUGUUUAGAUGGAACUAGAUGGUAAUGUGAUCGGUUAGCUCUUUAUUACUGAGUUUAUAGAGUUCUGAGAGUUCAAACAAAGCUCGCGAGCACGUGCGAGAUGGGAUUCGAUACCUGGCUCUUAUAGAGGACGUCGCUUUAUGGCAAACAUACUCGGCAAUUCAAGCUAUUUGAAAGCUAGAAGUUCGCUUUUAAUUUCUUCAAUGAUUUGGACAUUUUGUAGGGACAUUCAGUGGAUAACCUAUCCUUCUCUAGUGCCAAAGUCCCCUGAGGUCGCUCUAAAACUUUCUCUUUAAUCUAAACAACAGUUUACUAAUGCCUCAUUUCUUUCUAUUUCAGAACUCUAAAUCAUCAAAGCUUGUUUUGACCCAAGAAAAUCUUCACCGUCCGAUGUUACAGAUUCAGACAACAGAGCUGGGUUCCUAUCGCCACAAGACUGGCUACAAGUCGCGGGAAGACUUGUACUUUGAUAUUUUGCAACGGAUUGAAGACUUGAGUUGGAAUUAUCAAAAGCUUGAGACAGAAUAUGACUUCUUAGAGAGAUUCAAAGACGAACAGAAAGAGGAUCUAAAAAAAGUUAAAAACUGCAGCAGGCAUCUUAGAAACAGAGCUGAUCGAGUUAAUAAAUCUUAA